AUGGCCUUCCCUUCAGCUCUGCAACAUAGACUCCUCCUCCUCCUCCUCCUCCUCCCUGCCAUCUCUGCUAGAAGCAAACUGCGUGUAGGAGAGGUCAUGACGCCAUUGAGCAGACCCCUGAGAGUUUCAUCACCGCACAAUCUUCACUAUACAUUCAAAAUCCAUGCAGAUUGUACGGCCGCCCUGCACGUCGGAAGGAAGAAACUAUGGGAGUCCAACACCACCAGACCCUGGGGGAGACACUGCAUCAUGGAGCUGCAGCGUAACGGACAACUGGUCAUUUAUUCUGACUGGGGCGUUGACGGGAAAGUUGUAUGGAGGAGUAGACCCAAGGAUAAAGUCUCAUACAAGUAUGUUUUUGAGCUCCAGACAGAUGGUAAUUGUGUCAUCUCUAAAGGGAAUGGUGAACCUAUUUGGUCCACUCAGACCAAUCGUGAUGGCUUCCCGCAACCCGAAGGCACCGACGCAGCCUCUAAACUUAAAGGCGCCGACGCACGA